AUUUUGAAUGAUGAACAGCCGAGCAGGCAACAGCAGGGGGAAACCCAGGAAAUCUAAACCAGCUAACAAGAAGCUCCUUCCUUCACAAAUUUUAGAAUUAGAAGCACAGAGGAGAGAACAAGAGCUUAUAGAACUAAGAAAGAAAAUGCGUGAGGACCAGCAGAGGAAAUUCAAGCAAAAUGCAGAAGCUAAUGGUAAUCAUUGGAAGAGUGGUACCAAGAGCCAGAAGUUACAUGGCUAUGCAGGACAUGUAGGCGAUCAGUGGGCUAAAGGAACUGAUCUUAGUUAUUCUAACCCUCAAUCAGCACAACUUCAUAAGAGAGCUGGGUCCAGACAGAGUACUGGGGAAGGCCAGAUUAUUCAUAAAGGGUUAAACAUUAAGAACUCUAAGCAAAGUACUGGUAAUCAAAUCUCUAUCGAAUCCAAUUUUAAUAAAGCUCUUAACGAUCAGAACAAUGAUUAUAAAGAGGUAGACUCUUUCCUGGGAGAAAUCAAGAUGGAAAAAUAUAAAGACGUCUUUAUCGACAAUGGAAUUGAAGACAGAGAAACUAUAAUGGAACUUAAGGAAGAACAUCUAGAGCAGAUGAACCUUCCUCUAGGCCACAAGCUCAAAAUUAUGAAAAGGAUCAAGGAUAUUAAUAAAAAGAAAAAUGUAGCGAGAGAGCAGGUGAGAAAACAGGAGGAGAUCAAAACCUCAAUGGCAGCUUCAACUAGUUCUCAACAGAACAGUUCUAAUUUGUUGGACGGUGUUUAUGAUGAGGAGGAAAAUAAGAAAGAGUUCCAACAAGCCUUAGAGGCUUGGAGGAAUGCUGGCCAAAAGGAAUCCGCAUUAAAACACCCAUCCUCAGCAGCCUCUUCCAAAGGAAGAGCUAAGAAGAAUGUGAGGUUUGCUGAGGAUCCUCCUGAGGAGGUCUUGAUACUCAACAACCAAGAUGAGCCUGAGGAAGAUAAUGAGGCAACUCUUAUCCCAACUACUAGAAAGCCUACAACAGAAAUUAAGGAAGGAAUGGUUGCAUUCAAGGGUCUUUCUAUGUCCAAGAAUAGCUUCUUGUACUCAGAAGAAGCUAGUGGCAGCAACGUUUGGAAUGCUAAUCUCCUAUCUACAGUAGACAACGCAGAGACAUCUCCUAUGGAGGAGAUGCCCUUGAGGGCAUCUACCCCAAAAAUAGAGAAGGAGCUGUGCAACCAGUGCUACAAGUAUGUGGAUAAGUCUUUGUGAGAAAAAGACUCUCUAACAAAGAAGAUGUUCUGAUCGAUGGACUGCCAAGCUAACUUCUUCAUGAAGAACGUGGGCAGGUGAUCUAAUGAAGAAUGUGACAAGUACUUCAUGAAGAAAGAUGGCCUUAUAGUAAAUAAGGAGUGGUACUGAUCAACCGAGUGAGGUAGUAAGGGCUUUGAGCUAUUAAAUCGAGAGGAAGAAGUGCUGGAAGAAGAGAUUGGUGAAGAAGAAGAGGCAAUUGAGAUUGAUUUAACUGACUUUCAAUAUUUUUAA